AUGCCUGUCGACGUUCCUUAUUAUACUCCCCCAUUCAUCUGGAGGUUUUGGCUGUCUGCAUUUGGUCGUAGCCACGGCCAUCCUCACGGCCCACGAGUGCACAUAUACGACGUAGACUCUGCCAAUCUCAGCGAAACAACCUGUACUCCCGCACUUGGCCGCAGUCGUACCGUAUUCCAGGACAUUAGCUGCGCGUCCUCACCCAAUUCACGCGCCGUUUACGACAAGGCAGAACGCGGAUUCAUAACCCUCCAAGCACAAGCAGAAGACGCGCUACAACGGCUCAUAGACGCGCUUUACCUUCCUACCAACUCGACCAUAACUACUCGCAUUCCUAUCAGUCCCUCCGACUUGUCUACCAUCAUCAAGUUUUUCGUCUUCCUUCGUUUCAGAAAUGGCCCCCAUUAUCGCAAAAUCGUGCAAGAACUCAUGGAACCAAUGGAUUUUCAGGUCUCAACUAGCGCCAUACCAGGCGCGAAAGGAAAGACUGUACUAUCUGUUUACAGUCCUCUGAUCCAUCAAGUCCGGUUCCAGACCGUAUUGGAGGCUUUUUGCAGGUUCUUCGAGGGUGCCAUAUGGGAUAUGAAACCACUGUGCAGUUCCACUUUUUCUGAUGGUGAUCAUCCAGAUAGCCCAUUUUCUCCUUCCAGUCUCAUUCCGUCAUAUGCAUUCAAAUCGUCCGACCGACAUUCUGUCCGAAAAGAUACUUGCCUUGAUGUGUUAAACAAACACUGUUGGCAGUAUUCUCGUGAAGCGGAAGUCUGUCUCGGUAUCUCCGUCGAGGCAGAUUGCGAAUUCAUACUACCCGAAUGCUGCUUCGGGAUCUUAGACGAAAGCUUUGGUGGCGGUAUCAAAGAAUCCGAGUCGUUCGAUUGCUUCUUCCCAAUCCUUCCCAAAUUGGCAUUGUAUGUUCUGCGCGACGAGGACGGGUGUCGCGAUGAUGUCCGAGCAAAAGGCCCAUCUUUCAUCGAAGUCGGGUCCGAGCUCGGGCUGGACAUCUAUCUGCGGAAUGCAAUGGUUUUAUGUAGCAUCCCUCAUGUCCAGCGGAGUAGCGAAAUUUUCAUCCCUCACCACGAUUUAAAGACGCCCAUACUAGAACUGGACCAGUUCACCUGGACCACCGUCGACAGCACAGACUCAGACACCGCAACAACUCCAACCACUAUUGCAGAGCACCUCGCUACACAACUCGAUGCACUCUCCGCCAUGGAAGACUUUCAGAGACUUGCUGAUAAAGAUAUGCCUGAACUCUCCGGACCCAAACUGUUCUUCUCCUCCCUUUCGUCUAUCGUGCGUUCGAUAUCCUCAUACGACGAAUUUCGUUGCCGGUGGAUGUUUGACAAUUUCAUUGAUUACAGUCGUUUGAAGCAGAGGUGCAGACAUAAGUUUGGUAUGGAGAGCGUAAAGAAGAUGUGGACCCUCAGGCAGAAUAUAGUCCUGAGUGAUCUGACUGACGAAGUGGAUGUAAUAGGUCAGCACCCUGUUGCUUUCGGUGCGUUCAGUGACGUGUGGAUGGGGAGGUGGCAUGAUACAGUUGAGAGCAAACAUCGGGUGGUUGCAAUCAAAUAUCUGCGCCAGGUAAUGGUACAGAAUGUACGAGAAAAGCUGCUCAAGCGCCUUCAGGCUGAGCUGCUUACCUGGCACCAGCUUUGUCAUCGUAAUCUUGCUACACUAUACGGGAUCAUGCAAACAUCAACGAGCAUCGGAAUGGUAUCAGCUUGGUGUGACAACGGAACGAUAUCCAGUUAUCUCAAGAAAAAGCCUACAGUGCUUCAGGUAGCAUCCGGAGUCGCAUAUCUGCACCAUUUCAGCCCUCCCGUCGUGCACGGCGACUUGAAGGGGGGAAACAUCCUCAUCGACAUUCAUGAACAAGCAGUUAUCACAGAUUUUGGGCUAUCCAAAGUCAUGGAAGAUCUCUCCAAUCUAUCUCGGUCCUCGAGAAUUGAGAGCGGGCGUUCGACCUCCACCUCGUUCUUUGCUGGGAGUACGCGUUGGAUGGCACCUGAGCUUGUACUAGCGCUGGUCGAAGAUGAGAAUCAUGAAGACGAGCGUGAUGCAAGAGAUGUUGGAAAGGCUGAACCUGGAAUCGAAAGGGGGAGGCCAAGAGUGACCACGGCCAGCGACGUGUAUGCCUUCGCUUCGGUCUGUUUAGAGAUCGUGACAGGCGAUCUUCCUUAUCCUCAUCGGAAGAAUGACUACUCUGUAACCGUCGACAUUCUCCGAGGCGUUUCUCCCGCGAGAGGCUCUGACCUCUCCAUUGCGCUCAAACGCAUGUUUGAUACUACCCCGAAAAACGAUGGCAGUACGCUCAACUCUAGUCCGAGUACAAGUUCGCGUGCCCCAGCAGACGACGACGAAGAAGCUCUACGGAGUAUUCUGGAAAGUUGUUGGGACGGACAAUCAUUCAUCCGUCCAAACAUGGAAGAAGUGCUGGUGCGUCUCAACGGCAUUGGCACCAGUGAAAUCUUGACCCCCUUGAGAUUGCGUUGA